ACAAAUUAUCUUUUUAUUAAAUUUAUAUAUCGCGAAGGCUUCGCUUUGGAACGUUUGUCACCGAUUUACAGUGUGAAUGACUUCUUAUGCAUAUCCUGGAAGAAAUUUCUCCAUUACGCAGUUAUCAAACAGCAGGCGAAUACGCAAGAAAUCAGUCACAUCAACAUGCGUUUCAUUUAUUUUGUCGUCGUCAUCUUCGUCCAACUGAGUAACUUUCAAAUUACAGAAGCGCAAACGGAACAAACAAAGCUGUUGGAUUUAUCAGUACAGGGAUUGAAUGACGAACAAAUGGGAAAUUUGUUGUUAUUAGCCGAAGUGGCCGAUAAAAUGCCGAAAGCCAAAAUA